UGUGCGUACGAAAAUGAACAAAAGUCAAAACAAACCAAACUCAGCACUUCAGUUUUGCGUGGCUCACUCAUAAUCAAUUUAGAGAAAAUUCAAGAACAAAACGUCCUACUCAGAAUACUGUGAAGCCAUCCCAUCUCGACAUUUCCCACUUACAGAUUUGAGUAUGGCUCUGCAUUUCAUCAGUAGCAGUGCAUGCUUGUUCUGUGGUCUGAGUCAGAGGAAAGCACUGAGAGUGAGAGCCGUAGCUUCUGAGGAUGCAACUGCUGUUAAAACUGUUGGUGAGAAAGAUAAGGUGAAGUUGGGUGGUUCAGAUUUGAAGGUCACUAGGCUUGGGAUUGGGGCUUGGUCCUGGGGUGACACCAGCUACUGGAACAACUUUGAAUGGGAUGAUAGGAAGAUGAAGGCUGCUAAGGGAGCUUUUGAUGCGAGUAUAGAUUGUGGUAUUACAUUCUUUGACACUGCUGAAGUUUAUGGCUCAAGGGUGACUUUUGGUGCAGUAAAUUCUGAAACACUGCUAGGAAGGUUUAUCAAGGAAAGGAAAGAAAGGAAUCCACAGGUGGAAGUUGCAGUUGCGACCAAAUUUGCAGCACUACCAUGGAGGUUUGGUCGUCAAAGUGUCCUCACUGCUCUUAAAGAUUCCCUCUGCCGUCUCGGACUGUCAUCAGUUGACCUUUAUCAGCUACAUUGGCCUGGCAUAUGGGGAAAUGAAGGAUACAUUGACGGCCUUGGAGAUGCUGUGGAGCAAGGCCUUGUGAAGGCUGUUGGAGUAUCUAAUUAUACUGAGAAACGACUUCGUGAUGCAUAUGAGCAACUUAAAAAGAGAGGCAUCCCACUGGCCUCCAACCAGGUCAAUUACAGUCUCAUAUAUAGGGCUCCAGAGGAAAAUGGUGUAAAGGCAGCCUGUGAUGAACUUGGUGUCACUCUCAUUGCAUAUUCACCCAUUGCUCAAGGUGCCCUAACAGGGAAGUAUACCCCAGAAAACCCUCCUUCUGGCCCUCGAGGACGGAUUUAUACUUCUGAGUUCUUGAUCGAGCUGCAACCUCUGAUAAACAGAAUACAGGAGAUAGGAGAGGCAUAUGAUAAAACACCAACUCAGGUUGUCCUGAACUGGUUGAUCGCCCAAGGGAAUGUUGUUCCCAUCCCAGGGGCUAAAAAUGCAGAACAAGCCAAGGAGUUCGCGGGUGCACUUGGUUGGAGGCUUGGCAACGAGGAGAUCGAUGAGCUCCGAUCAUUGGCGUCGAAAAUACGACCCGUUGUAAGUUUCCCAGUAGAGAAGUUAUGAGCGUUGCCAGCAUUAUUUGUAUAUAUUUUGCUUGAAGAAUGGUUAUGCUUAAAAUUUGCAUAUUAUUUGUCUUGCACUGCAUACAUUUUUUCUUGGCUAAUAUUGUAUGAAUAUAUGAUACAACUAAAUUGCUUUUGAUUACUCGAA